CCCUUUCUCUGACCAAGACCGACCACAAAGGCGCCCGCCGCACAGACGGAAGAAGAGGAAGAAACUCGCCGUCUAGGGUUUCCGCCUCCGCCGCCACCGCUGAUAAGGUGGGAGUGGGGGAACCUCGCCGCGAUGCCACAGUCUGUGCUGGUGGAGCGCGCGACGAGCGAGUCGCUCAUCGGGCCUGAUUGGUCGCUCAACCUCGAGAUCUGCGACAUCCUCAACCACGACCCCUCGCAAGCCAAAGAUGUAGUGAAGACUAUCAAGAAACGGAUUGGGCACAAGAACUCAAAGGUCCAGCUUCUUGCAUUAACGUUGCUCGAGACCUUGAUUAAAAAUUGUGGAGAUUUUGUCCAUAUGCAAGUUGCUGAGAAGGAUGUACUUCAUGAAAUGGUGAAGAUAGCGAAGAAAAAGCCGGACUAUCAUGUUAAAGAGAAGAUACUGAUUCUGAUUGACACUUGGCAAGAAGCUUUUGGUGGUUCCCAUGCAAGGUAUCCGCAGUAUUAUGCAGCAUAUCAAGAGAUGCUGCGUGCUGGAGCUGUAUUUCCUCAAAGGCCAGAGAGUUCUGUGCCAAUUUAUACUCCGCCACAGACACAACCUCUAAGGAACUAUCCGCCUCCUGCUUUGCGCAACACUGAUUAUCGACAAGAUGCGCCCGAAUCAUCUUCAGCACCAGAAGUGCCUACAUUAAGCCUGACAGAAAUUCAGAAUGCACGCGGGGUCAUGGAUGUUCUUUCAGAGAUGUUGAAUGCUAUUGAUCCUAAUAACAGAGAGGGUUUAAAGCAGGAGGUAAUUGUGGACCUUGUGGACCAAUGCCGUUCGUACAAGCAAAGAGUGGUGCAACUUGUCAACUCAACAUCGGAUGAGGACCUAUUAAGUCAGGGCCUUUCACUGAAUGAUGAUUUGCAGCGGGUUUUAGCAAAACACGAUGCAAUUGCUGCUGGCAUUGCUGUUCGGGUAGAAAAACCAAAAGCAUUCCCGGCCCGUGCAGACAGUUCUCCAACAAAACCAGAGGGGCCAAAAGAGACAGAUCAAAGGUCUUCUAAAGAUGCCAGUAGCAUGACGCCGUUUGAGCAGUCAGCACUUCCUGCACCACCAUCAUCAAGUGCUUCAAAGUCUCAUGUAAAACCAGCUACUAACCCUAAUAUUGACCUACUUAGUGGAGAUGACUUUUUCAAACCAGAACCUGUUCAUUCCCAAGCCCUUGUUCCUGUAAGCAAUCAGCCUGCAGCUUCAGCUUCUUCAAGCCACUCUUUAGACCUUUUAGACAUGUUUUCAGAUAGCAAUGCUAUCAAUAACUCCAGCCAGAACCCUGCCACACCUCCUAUACCAAACACAAAUCCCAAUCCCUUAGCACCAGAAGCCUAUCCUGCUCCACAGCAACCUGUUCCACCACAACAUCCUUCUCCAUAUUCCAAUGGCUUAAAUUCGAAUACGUUGGCACCUUAUGAUCAAGGCUCUAACUUAACCUCAGCAAGUUCUUGGAAUGGGCAGUUUGCUCCUGGAAUGGUUCCACCACAACAAGCAUCGAAUUAUGGUCAAGAUGAACAAAGCAGUGACCUUCCACCACCACCCUGGGAAGCCCAGCCUGCAGAAAGUGAGCAAUUCCAAGCUAGCCAUCCUGGUGGGUUGUCAGUUCCGCCACAAUUUGGAGUUAGUCAACCUCAGCCUGUUCAAAUCGCCCAGCCUGGACAGCAAAUUUUGCCGUCACAAUCAAUGCCAGGACAACAUGGAGGGCAGUUUCAGCCCGGACUUGGGGUCCAACAACAGUAUGUGACGCCAAAUACACAAUAUGGAGGAAUGUAUCAGCCAGUGCAAGGCAAUCAAGCAGGAGGCAUAUACCCCCAGCAGAUGGCAGGAGAUGUCUACCAGCAGCAGAUGUAUGGAGGCCAGAUGGCCAGUUAUGGCUACGGUCAGCAGCCUGGUGGCUACUACGUUCCAAACGCCGGAUACGCAUACGCCAGUGCAAACGAGCUGUCUCAGAGGAUGAAUGGGCUCUCGAUGCAAGAUGGCAGUCUGUAUGGCACACCUGGGUCUUCCCUCCAGCAGCGCAGCAGGCCAAGCCGACCAGAAGAUUCACUCUUUAGUGAUCUUGUUAGCAUUGCCAAAACAAAGCCUAGCAAAACUGCGUCUAAUAAGCCUGGUGACUUGUAAAGACGAGCCAUUGCUUACUACCAGCCUUGGCCAUGGUGAUAGCUUUUGCUCAGAGUAUAUAAGUUCUUUUGGAAUUUUUCCCCCCUAUUGGAAAGUAGCAGGUGAGGGUUAUAGAUUCUGAGGAUUCAUAGCAGAGUGUUCGACAUAAUUUUAUUUUGUUUGAUUCUUGCAAGCAAUUAUGUUUUCUUUACUAGUGUUCUGGAGUUCUAUGUAUGUACAUAAAAUAUCCAGCCGAGGGAAGAAAAAAAAAAUUCUGGUGACGGUGUGUGGUACCGGUAUCCAGUGGACCCUGUCUCUUAUCUAUUGGGUCUUCCCAGUUUUCUGAUUGCUUAA